GUCUCUUAAGAGCAAAUGAGCUGGCUGUCUGUGGCGGCGCGCGAGACAGCUAUGGUGGCCGGUGGCGUUGAUCCGCGGGCUGGCGACGUCAAGGAGGAUGCUUCACAGCUCAUCUUUCCCAAAGAGUUUGAAACAGCUGAGACACUUCUAAAUUCCGAGGUGCAUAUGCUUCUGGAGCAUCGCAAGCAGCAGAAUGAGAGUGCAGAGGAUGAACAGGAACUCUCGGAGGUCUUCAUGAAGACUUUGACCUACACAGCCCGUUUCAGUCGUUUCAAAAACAGAGAGACCAUUGCCAGUGUCCGCAGCUUGCUGCUCCAGAAGAAGCUUCAUAAGUUUGAGUUGGCCUGUUUAGCCAACCUUUGUCCAGAGACUGCCGAGGAGUCAAAGGCCCUGAUCCCAAGCCUGGAGGGGCGAUUUGAAGACGAGGAGCUGCAACAAAUUCUUGAUGAUAUUCAGACAAAGCGCAGCUUUCAGUAUUAAUCUCCAGACUUCUCGGCUGCUGGAGGGAACCACAUGCCCAGCACAGCAUCACCUUCCCUGGGUCUGGGGUGUCUUGCACAGAAAUGCUACUACAUUUCCUCUGGAGAGCACAGCCCAGGAUUGGUUCAGGUUGCUGUUGAAAUGUGACUGCUAGACCAGGAUGAGCACAUAGUCUUGGCGUGGCUUUCUAGGGCACCUGGCUUUCUGUGCCAGGAAGAGGGUAGGGGUGAGGUAUAAGCUGUUGACUGCCUCAUGCUAUGGUUUUGGGCUCCCCUGUAGUUAUUUUUACUGUUAAUGUUUUCAUAUUUUAAUUUGAAUGUGUUGAUAGUUUUUAGUAGACUGGGACAAGGACAUAGGAAACUUAUGUAGGGAGAAAACGGUCUUACCUAGAUGUGAAAGGAAGAAUGAAACCUGACAGGUGUUCAUGGCUGUGAGAGUAUUGGCGUCCUUGUGCCUAACCCAGGAGGUGGGAAGCAGUGAGAUCUAGGGCACCUGUGCUCAGCGUUAUGGGGCC